AUGCCUAUACUGACUUAUGCACCCGCCAAUCCUGCACUCCAGUAUGUGCAUACAGGGGUACCUCAGGCCCCCAAUGCUCAGGAUGGAGGACAAUAUCCUCACUGGAUGCAUGUUGCUCAGACAGUGCCUUCGGGUUUCUCAUACCCACCUCAGAUGUUGUUCGCUCCAAACAUGCCUACUCAUAUAGCUCCCGAAACCUCUCGACCAGCCAGUCAGGUCGCUCCACCCGCUGCUAAUCCGGCCAGAACUGCAUAUUAUAUGUUGUUAGACGACAAAAUGAGGGCCAUUGAGGGUUUCUCGGACUUUGGUACCAAUGUUCGAGACCUCUGCUUCGUUUCGAACGUGGUACUCCCACAGAAAUUAAAGGUUCCAGACCUCCUGAAAUACAAAGGUCUUAGCUGGCCUCACAGUCACAUCACCAUGUACUGUAGGAAAAUGGCGUCGUAUAUCGACAAUGAUGACCUGUUGAUCCAUUGCUUCCAGUAUAGUCUAUCUGGGGCUUCCCUGGAUUGGUACAUGGGUUUGGAACGUACAAAGAUUUGGUCAUGGAGGGACUUAUCCGAGGCCUUUCUGAAACAAUAUAAAUACAACCUUGACAUGGCUCCGACAAGGCUUCAAUUACAAAAUCAAGCGCAGAGAUCUAAUGAAACCUUCAAAGAGUAUGCUCAAUGUUGGCGCGAAAUAGCGUCUAGAGUCCGACCAGCACUAUCUGAUAACAAACUAGUAGAUAUUUUCAUGGGUACACUCCAAGGGCUGUAUUGUGAGAAGAUGAUUGGAAGUUCGUCUGCAAACUUCGCAGACAUGCUAACUAUCGGUGAACGGGUAGAGAAUGGGCUAAAAUCCGGGAAAAUCACAGAUACAACCGCUCCACAGACAAUGAACAAGAGGCCGUAUGGGGGCUUCGCAAAAAAGAAAGAGGGGGAAGCAAGUGUUAUGAUGGCAGGUGCCCACCCUCAGUAUCAGUUUCCGAUGACCCUUAUGUCGUAUUAUCUGUAUCCUUAUGUCGCUGCAACUCAGUAUCAACAGCCGCCAUGUCAGUAUCAACCGCAGAAAGGCAAUCAACAAUCAACACCCGCUCAGAGGAGUCAAAACCAGCAAUACAAUCGUGACAACAAAGGACAAAGUCGAGCUCAGAAUAAUAGGAGCAAUUUUGGUAAUCGUCCCCAGAUCGAUAAGAUCCCAGUACCGUAUGUAGAACAGGUGCCAUAUUUGAUCCACGUAGGGGCUAUUAUACCAAGAGAACUCCCAGCAGCCUCUCCUCCCUUUCAUCGCAAUCACAAUCCUAACACCUCACGCGCUUCCCACGUAGGGUAUAUAGGACACUCCACCGAGGAUUGUUGGGAUCUCAAAAAGAGGAUUCAUGAAUUAAUUGAUCAAGAGAUCCUGACCUUCUCUGAAGAAAAACCCAAUGUGAAGACGAAUCCUUUGCCGAAUCAUGGUGGCGCAACAGUCAAUGUUGUGGUCAAAGAGGAGACUAACAAAUCCAUACUAAGGGCCGAAGAUGUGAAGACUCUGAUGUCAGUUGUGUUACAGAGAUUUGAGCAAUUUGGGUUUCUAUCAGAAGAGGUGGAAGUAAUUGAACCAAUAACAAUUGUGUAUAGAAAAAAGAAAGUUGAAGCUCCUCCUAAGAGGAUUCAGCCAAUUCAUUUCUGUGUUCCCAGUCUGUUUCCGUAUCAGAACACCAAGGCGGUGCCUUGGAAUUAUGAGACAACAACGUACUUGGGAGGGAAAGAAAUCCGUAUUCCUGACACUGAAAUCGUCAACAUCGCUGGAGCGGGAGACAUGACUCGCAGUAGCCGUGUAUUCUCUCCAAAAUACACUCCUAGGGUGUCUCUAGCACCCACAGUUAUCCCGCAUAAGGAGAAGGCCAUUCCUACUCUUACUCCGCAGGCAGGGGCAACUGUACCUACCACUCCGAACAUGACAACUACUCCACUGCCGACGAAGGUUAUUGACAAUAAAGCCGCAGAUUCAAAGGUGUCUAAGGGUAAAGGGCCGAUGGUUGAGAAUGAGCAAGUUGAAGAUCACAAGAAGAGCAUCACUUUUAAGGAAAGCCAAGAAUUCCUCAAAUUGAUCAAGAAGAGUGAUUUCAAGAUUGUCGACCAGUUGAACCAGACUCCCUCCAAAAUAUCCAUUUUGUCUUUGCUCUUGAGUUCUGAGGUUCAUCGUAAAGCAUUGCUGAAAGUUUUGAAUGCCGCUCAUGUGAUGUAA